AUCAUGAGGGCCACAGAAAACGCGCGCGAUCAUCGCAUUUUUGUGAUUAAUAUGUGUGAUAAUUAAUUGUGUUUUCGAAAGUGUCCAGUUAUAAGAAGAAUGAAAGAAACUGCGACGAAAAAUUGACGGCAGAGAAAAAGGAGAAGAUGACACACACGGAAGGCACAGAGUGACAACGAAACGGAUGCCUAAUGAGAACGUGUGUGCCUGUGGCGUAGUCGUGGGUCUGCCGAAAUGCCAGGGAAAGCUGGCCAUCCUUUUGCCCAAGACGAAGGGCAACAAGUCAGAGGGCAAGAGCUCGCGGAAACAGCUCGAAGAAGGGCAAGUACCGAAGACUCGAACAUCGAAUGAGACCGGAAGCAGCAGCAUGGUGACUGAAUCCUCGAGAUCCACGAUGAAGAGCAGCAAGCACGAAAAGCGGCUUACUCACUCGAGGAGGACCCGAAGCGCCGAUAGAGCUGAAUCACAUUAUACUUAUAUCGAUUCGGGCUCGAGUAUCCUCGGCGGUGGGAUUCGUGAAAAUACUAUACCGGAAGCGCUGUACGCCACCAUACCAGAUACGCCAAAUGCGAGCGUCAACGAAAGUGGGACGAGUCGGCCAAAUUCACAGAGCAGAUCGCAACCUGUUUACUCCGUAAUUCCGUCUAUGACGUCGCCACCGCCGACGUACGACGUUGCAAUUGCAAAAACGUGGCAGAACGGUCUGCCACCGACGUACGAGGAGUAUCUUUAUCACAAGAACGCAAUGACAUCACGCUCACAUACUCCUCCGCCACCGUGGUCCGACUCAACGAUGACGUCUAAUCAGGCUUCGAGUAUCUCACGGCGUGAGUUCUUGGUCAGCCAACCUGAGCUUCGCGAAUAUUUGACGCAGCUGGCGCUAAGCGAGCGUGGCGUACAGCAUCAACAUCAACAGCAACGACAACAAUCUAGAGACGAUGGCUACUCACAAUCAGUCCCGAGGGUACAGGUCAGAGUGCAGAGACGUGCGCGGGCAAUGCCUCUCAGAUCGCAGAGUGAAAGUCGAGCGCAACAACAACGAAUUGCGGCAAUGUAUACGGAUGCUGCAUUUUGCAUGGAAACCACGGUAUUGCAGUCGGCUUUCGAUUCUGGACCAGGAUUUGCUCUCUGCAGCUUGAUGUAAAAGGACGAACAACUUCACUUUAACAGGAAAUUGCAGGAAGGUUGAUACUAUCAUCAAUUCACAAUCGAGUUCAUUCGCGACUGUUUUCCUUGGUAGUUGACCUGUGUCAAAGAAAGCGUUUGCGAAACCACUUGACCGUGGAUUGUUAUAUGACGUAUUAAUCUAUUCGCGAAUCAUGUAUGCAACGAGAUAUAGUGUUGUUGUAAUGUCGCGUCUCGGUGCUUUUAUGAAUUUAAUGAAUAAAGCCUCAUAAUUAGUUCCGAUUCCUGAUAGUAAAGUAUCAUUGCCUCAUAAGUAUAUGUGAAUAUGUAAGUAUCAAAUGAUAUUUCUAAACGGUAUCUACUUGAAAGUAUCUAUUCUCUAUAAUUAUUUCUCGAAUGCAAUCGAUAUUACAAUUUUAUGUACUUCUGUACAUCGAUGUCUCUAGAAGAAGGAUUCUAGCUAUCGCCUAAUUUCCUUUUUGAUUGGCAUGUCCACACAAUGGUGGUAUCAACUAAAGUAUAGUGGGAACACACUUAUAUUCACAUCAAAUACACACAUUUUAAACA